ACUAUACGUAAUUAAUAUUCAUAAGUUGUACAAUCACACACGGAACUGUGGAAAACAACCGAGCGGUGAGAAAAGUGAAUGAAAAACCGUGUCAUAUACAUCAUCUGAAAGUUUUGAUGGCAUCUGCAGAGUAAAUGAAGUGAGGUGCUGAAGAGAUUUAUCAUCAUCUGUCAUCUGAAUCAGAAUGGAGAACUCAUCAUCCAGAGAUGAAUACAAGAUCCAAUCCUUUGAUAUGGAGACACAGGCGCUCCUCAAAACUGCUCUGAAUGAUCCAGGGUCAGUUGAUCUGGAUAAAGUAUCCAGUGUUAUAGUCGAGCAGUCUCUGAAGGACCAGGCCUUUAGCAAAGAGGCUGGACGAAUCUGUUACACUAUAGUCCAGACCGAAGCCAAACAGAGCAACAAGUGUGUGUUUCGCCGUCAGCUGUUAAACCGACUUCAGCAGGAGUUUAAUGCCCGAGAGGAGAUAAGGAGGCGAUCCACUCAGGAGUGGGUUUGUCUUGUGUCCUUCAUCUGCAACAUCUUUGACUACCUCAAGGUGAAUAACACACCCAUGGCGCCGCUGGUUCAGCCUGUGUAUGACUGUUUGUUCAGAUUGGCACAGCCUGAUGCUCUGAAGAACGAGGAGGAGAUGGACUGUCUGGUAUUACAGUUACAUCGUAUUGGAGAUCAGCUGGAGAAAAUGGAUAUGCAGCGCAUGGAUGAGUUGUUUUAUCUUCUAAGGGACGGGUUUCUCCUGCAGGACGAUCUGAGCUCAAUGGGUCGACUGCUCCUGCUGGAGAUCCUGGAGUUUCGUGCGGGAGGCUGGACCCUCAGUGACACCGCUCAGAAAUAUUACUACAGUGAAGUGACAGACUGACACCUCCACCAAAAUUCAAGGAACCAAUGGAGGAAAAAAAGUGGAGGCUUUAUGUUUUAAGGAAGGCUUUGAGAUGUACUAGGUAUGUGGGUUGAUAAUAGAGGAUUUAACCAUGGUUAGGGUGUUCAGGUGUGUUUCUGGUGUUCUGUAGCUUUGAAAUGACAAGUUGUAAGGAGUAAGAUGGCUCACUUUCUCCGUUAACAUUCCGGUGGACUGUAAUAAUGUUACAGAUCCCAACAUUCCCAAAACAAACAAUUAGUGUGUGCUGUAAUGCCGUUCAUUUAGGGUUAAGCAACACUUUUCUGACGAUUGUUGAACCACAUCUGUUUUCUGUGAAAAAUAAUCAUUUGUAGCCAAAGUUAGGCAGCUUUUUUCAGGAAAUAAAUAAGUUUUUUGUGAUCACAGAGGUCUUUAAUAAUAAAUUAUAAUGACAUUUCAGCUUAUGAAUAUCUGCUGCAAAUGUUUCAGGCCAAAAACAUACAGGUUUCAGGGUUUCCCGCAGAAAAUGUGUUAGUUAAGGUGGUAGGGUUGUGCAGGUGGGCGGGCCGGGGGCGUGGUAAUCAAACGCGUCAUGAUGAAAAUAUUUUUUUUAAAACACUCAAAUAAAACUCAAUUUUGAAGAAACUAUGACAGAAAAUGAACACAUACUAGAUUAGUAAUGAAUUAAAUGUUUUAUCAACAGGCUAGUUAUCCUCCAGACAGGGACGGACCAUGUCUUUCUCUCAUUUCGGCCAUGUGACGUUUGGUGGAAUUUUUUUUUGGACGACCUAGUUAAGGUGGUAGGGUAUCCCAGCUUAGGUGGGCCACCCGAACUGAAAAGUGCUGCGGGAAACCCUGGGUUUUAAUAUCUGCUGGUUUUAAAGUAUAAGAUGAUAAAAGUUUACCAGAGGCAAUGAGAUGCCUAUGUGUGGUUAAGUGUUUAAAUGCAGUAUAUGCUUUGGGUAUAUUUUAUACAAUUUAUAUGAUAUAAACCCUUUUAAAACACACAGGUGAUGAACCAAGCACGACACAUCAAGAAAUGUUAUUACAGUAUCUCAAUAUUUGAUUAUAGUGUUUAUAUCAGCCAUCAGAUAAAUACAGACUGGAUUAAAAUGUGACAAAAUAAAGUAGAUCAGAAUAUUGUAA